AUGGUCGCUAUUCCAGGAGGAGCGUUCACAAUGGGCACUGAUGAGCCUGAAAUACAGCAAGAUGGGGAAUGGCCUGCUAGAAGAGUCCACAUCAACGGUUUCUACAUGGAUCAGUAUGAGGUCAGCAAUGAGGAGUUUGAGAGAUUUGUGAAUUCUACUGGGUACGUUACUGAGGCAGAGAAAUUUGGCGAUUCCUUUGUGUUUGAGGGAAUGCUGAGUGAAGAAGUGAAGGCUGACAUCCACCAGGCAGUUGCCGCUGCUCCCUGGUGGUUGCCUGUGAAGGGAGCCAACUGGAAGCACCCUGAGGGUCCUGACUCUAAUAUCUCCAACAGAAUGGAUCAUCCAGUUCUUCAUGUUUCCUGGAAUGACGCCGUGGCGUUCUGCACAUGGGCAGGGAAACGAUUACCAACGGAGGCUGAAUGGGAGUACAGCUGUCGGGGGGGCCUUGAGAAUAGACUUUUCCCAUGGGGCAACAAGCUUCAGCCAAAAGGUCAACAUUAUGCCAAUAUCUGGCAGGGAGUGUUCCCAACUAGUAACACUGCAGAAGAUGGAUACAAAGGAACUGCACCUGUCACUGCUUUUCCUCCCAACGGGUAUGGCUUGUACAACAUUGUCGGAAAUGCCUGGGAAUGGACCUCUGACUGGUGGGCUGUUCAUCAUUCAACAGAUGAAGUUCACAACCCUAGAGGGCCCUCAGCGGGGACGGACAGAGUGAAGAAGGGUGGAUCCUAUAUGUGCCAUAAGUCGUACUGCUAUCGGUAUCGCUGUGCCGCCCGUAGCCAAAACACUCCUGACAGCUCUGCCUCAAAUCUGGGAUUCCGCUGCGCAGCAGACACCUUGCCGCGGCUACCAAGGAUUUCGCCCCCCACUCCAGGCAUAGUGAAGUAUAAUGCACAUGCUAUAUGGGAAAAAGCCAUUAACAAUUGCCAUGAUGGUUCAGAACUCAAUGACAACGAGGGAAAGAGGAAGGAGAUUGGGUCGUCCACUCCCAGCGCUGCAGUCCUGCAGGCUGAAGGUGGCUGGCGCAAUGCCCUUUGGGGGAAGAAAACCAGCGACGUUUCUCGUUAUUAUCACAUGUCCCUUCUGUGUACCAAUGUUCAAGUUCAUUCUUUCAGAAAGGUACAGACUGAGAGAGGUGCUUUAUCAUACAGCAAGCUGUCAGAAGAAAACAAGAGAAAAACACUGGGUCUGGCUUAG